UUUUCCGGCAACCCGGGUAACCAUCCGUGGGUACAUAAACCCUGGACGCCUGUCCCAACCUGCACUUGACCGCUCACCUUCCUGGAAUACCUGUCAACGUCUAGACGGCGUCUGUGGAGGAUGGCACGAGCAUGUGUGGUGGUGAUGGUGGUGAUGGCGAUUGGUGCAGUCAUGGCAGCCAAACCUCCAUGCCUAAGUUUGAACCCAAAGGUUGAUAUUCCUCGCUGCACAAACAGCUGUCAGGCCGAGGACAAGCCGGGAUUAUUCUUCUGCUGCGACAACAAGGGAACGAACGCUGGAAAGUGUCCUAGAGUUCACCUGCAGCAGGAUGAGAGGGAGGUGCUAUGUGACAAGAACCAGCUCAACUACCCUAACCACCUCAACUGCAAGCAAGACUCAGAUUGCCAUCUGUGGGAGAAGUGCUGCUUCCUUCCCGACAACAACCAGCUCAUUUGUCGUAGCUCUGAGGUCUAGGUCUUAGGGCAGAUCUUUAGAGCUUAAGUAUGCUUCAAGGUCUGUUCAGAAAAAGACUACAGAGCAGACCUUAACUAGGUCUAGGCCAGAAGCCCAAGGCCUAGCUAGGUCUAGUCAAGAAGCACCAGUCCACAACUAUCAGAUGCAACUUAUCACCAGCUUUAUACGUCAAGAAUAUAUUACGUAUAGAGAUUAAUGACAUCUUUUAAUAAGUUUUGUUUUAGUGUAACUACUCAAACGCUCACCUUUGCUCAUUGCAUUAUAAUAUCAGUUAUGUCACACGGUAUAAACGUUAGUGCUGCCAAUAAUGCAAUCAUUAAGUAAGCCUCUGUUAAGAACUCAUUAAAGGUGACUAAUUCUUUCAUAAAAAAUGUAUGCUAGUAAAAGCACACAAGUUAUGUUAUGAUUUUAAUAAUAAUGUUCCUCCUCUCAGUUAUACAUGUACAUACAAGAUUAUUAUUUAUAAUAAACAUUUUUAUCUUAA